CUUUCUUCGUUCUUCUCAACACCGGUGUGGUCUGCGGUAAUAUGAUCAGUGUGUAAUUGGCCAGCGCGCGAGUCUCGUGCGCCUGCGCCUGCGCGUGUAAAAAAUUUCCAAGCGAAGAUGGUGUAGGUCGUUCCGCUUUCGUUCGUAAUGGAGAUCGGAGGUCGCCGCCUCUGCCUCUGGUUCUCCGCUUGGCCGGCCUUUUUCUUGGGGCGAGCCUGGGCAAACCAGCAUCGGGAUGUUGGCGCGGAAGGUCAGCAGUCAAACCGGCUUGCUGGCUCUCCCUCUACUUAUGGCAGAGGACCCAGCGGAGGUAUUAGGAGGUCUCUUGCAGCUGCUGGCGCUGUAGAAAGAAGACUUAUAACCGGUGACGCAACUACUAAAGUCAAUGAAGAGAACAGAGAAAGAGGAGCCCCGCCGAUAAAUUAUAAGCACGAGCGCGAUGGUGCCCCUCGCGACCAAGGCCGACUGUCACUGGCGUUCGAGGGUCAGUCCUCCGGGAGCACGACCCAGCUUCCGGUGAACAAGCGGGGCUUCCUGCAACAAGAUAUUCAAGAGAGUAGCACGACCUCGGUAGCUCGGUUGGGUCUGGAUGACCGCCUCGUCCGCAAUUCAAACUUAUUAACUGGGAGUCUCAAUGCGUCGAGAGCACCGAUCUUCACAGGCGCCAGCUCACCCACACCCCAGCUCCACACCUCCACAACGGGAACUGCUGCUGGGCCGACUGGUUCUUCGGUCUUUGAAGAUGUCGCUGCAAAGGCUGCAUCACCUCCAUCCCCAGGCGUAACUACCCUCGACACCGGCGAUGCAGGUGCAGCUGGGCUACCGACAGGAGCUUCGGCACCAUUGUCGGGCAGCUUAAGCUUUCCAGGCAACAUGCUCGCUCUGGAAGAGACUGCGAACACGAGCGGCGACGCGGUGAUUUCUAAGACUAUGGGCGAGCGGCUGUACGAUGACAGCAAGUCUUUGGGGUCCGCGGCGGAACAGUAUUCCGUAGAAAGUAGCCAUCCCCAUGAUCCACUUCGUGCAUAGACAAAAUGAAAAUGCAGAAUUUUUAUUUUUUACUACAUGCCUUGCAUGACAUCAAACUGGAUGUUGGGGCUGGUUGAAAAUUUUCAGGAAAUAAACAGCUGCUCGGUGUGCAGGCGGACCUGAACCGAGUGCAGAACGAGGUACAGGGCCAGGUGUUUGACCUGCAAACGGUGCGGCAGUUUUUCACCGAGCACCAGUACUUGUCAGCCAGCAAGCGGCAGCUGGAGGAGAAAAACCAGGCGCUGCAGCACCAGGUAGCGACCAUCGGUGCCGAGUUUGCGGAGGCCCAGCGCAGUUUUGCAAACCAGACGGCGGUGUUGACCCGCCGCAUGCAGGUCGCGGAGGCGGCGGUGAAAAAAACUGCAGAGGAAGAGGCACAGGUCGAAAAGGAGUACAUCGGGCACCGGGUGGCGAUCGUGGAGGACGAAAAAAUCCGGUCGGAGAACAAGGAGCUGCUGGAGCGCAUGGAGCACAUGAAUCGGCUGGAAUCGGCCAAAAACCAGGCCGAGCAGGAGGCCGGGACGCUGUCCGAAAAGGCGAAAGAAUCAGCCCGGUUUUCGAAGGAGCUUCAGGAGACCAUCCGGAGCCUGCGGAGCCAGGUACAGAGUCUGCAGGCAAGCCUAACGCAGAAGGACGCCGUCCUGGUGGAGCACGUGCGCCGGCUCAAGACGGGCGCCCAGAAGGUGGAGGAGGCCGAUAAAACGCACAUUCUCAGUCUGGAGCAAACGACGACGGUGCUGCGCGGGAAGCUGCAGGAGAAGGAGAAGCAGGUGGUCGAGUUGACCGGGAAAAACAAGGAACUGGAAGAGUUGGUGAAGUCUAUCCAGUCCCGUGCAGUGGACAAGUUCGAACAACUGAAAGCGAAAAUUGGGCAGUACAAAACGCACGUCGUCAGUCUACGCGAAUCCGUUGCGCAGAACAUUGUCGCCCGCAAAUCCGCGGAGGCUGAAGCCGCCCGCCUUACACAGAUGUUGCUAAAAUCCGACUCGGAAACGCUCAAGCGUCAACUAGACGAGGUAACUAAGUAAGAAGCGUUUAACUAAGUAAGAAGCGCGCUAUGAUAGAAGCUUCUUCUUCAGUUGUAUAAAUCUGCAACUUGUUCUUCAUCAUGCACUGAACUGCGAGACUUUUCGUACAUUAGGUGGUGAAGGAAAGCUUCAAGCGUUGACAAGGAUGAAGCUGUGCGUUCCAAAGCACGGUAGUUUGCAAGUUGCAAAUGCAGACUCGUCCUUGAGAUAAUUAUGCAGCUCAUACGAUUGUGUGCGAUGAACAAAGAAAUUCAUCUUCAGCAUCGCGUCGCUCCUCGAUCUCGAGCAGUUGUGUGCUUCCAAAAGUGUUGUCUUCAAUCUUUUUGAAAGGUGAAAAAGGCCCACGCGCAAGCGCAGGAUGAUUUGCGCGACAUGAGCGGACAGAAAGCGAAGGCGGAGGCUGCGCUGGUGGAAGAGGAAAGCGCUCGGGCAGCGGCCGAAAACAUUGCGGCCAUCGAGAAGCAGGCGGCAGCCAAGGCGCGACUGGAGAAAACGGAAGGCGUCGCGCAGUGCGAGAAGCAAAAAUCGGCGGAGCUCGCCGAAAAGGGAAAGGAGGUGCUCGCGUGCCAAACGGCAAUGAACAGCAUGGAGCAGCAGAAGUGCGGGGAGCGCUGGGCCGAGCUGAACAAGGAAUCCGUAGCACAGAUUGAGAAGUGCAAACAGGAGAUUCCGAUGCUGAGGGAGAAAGUCACCACCCUGAGCUCGGAGAAAGCAGUCUUGAAAGCCGCCGCGACUGGCAAACUGUGCAGUUCGGGGGAAGAUGAUAGCGGGUCGGCAGGCAGCGCAACAGCGGGGAGCACACCUGCGGUCGCUGCCACCGCCAAUUCAGCUUUAGUGCAGCAGCAAAAUAGUAAUUAUCCGCUGAGCCUAAGUGGAAGUGCAGUCGACCAAGAGCAGGACGAUCUUCCAGACGAGGCUGCAGACCAAGCCGCUAUCACGGCCGGAACGUUUGCUGAAGCGGAACCUUCGGCGAGCUGAAAUCGGCUCUUUAUUGUUCUUGCCUCCAAGCUCCUAUAGCUGCACGAACAAGCACAAGAAUCAGAAUGACGUUCUAGGAAUUUGCCUUCGAGGCGACUUCUGGUAUAUUUUUUCCGAUUGUAAUAUUUUCAGCGCCUAGGACGAGCGAUGAAAAUAGAGAACAAGAGAACAGGCAGAUCUUUUCAUAAGAAAUGACCAGUCCUCGCCAGUGCCAUGGCCACUGGCACUGUCAGAUGCUGCACAUGCUUGAUGGUGUUGCUAGUGCCUCGCGGUGUUUGGAAAAUAUCUCGCCUAAAUAUUCGUUUCCAGCUGCAGGAAAUCUGGCUGGCUCUACUAAGCCUGGUGAUCAAGUGUUUGUCUCAGAACAGAGCUGCAGCUUUCCAUUGGUGCAUCUAAGAACCUCUUCUCUUCACUCAGUGUCUGUUUUCAGCAGGUGCAGAGGUCAACAAGCAAGCUGCAAAAAGAAAAC